GCCAAUGGCCCAUAGCCAUCCGGCUCCCCCGCCCUGGUGUCCUUAGGCUUCUCUGCGAAGAUUUUCUUCCGAGCUUUCUUGCCACCGCCGAUCUCAAAAUCACAAGGACAAGGGUUUCUUGAAGUGCCUGCCUGCCAUUGAAUCUUGCUCUGUGGAUCUCUCCAUCUUCGGAUCGUUACGUUGAGGCUGGGAACUUUGAUGCAAUUGUUGUUUGUGAUUCACACGAGGACAUAGAAGAUGUCAAGUAAGAAGGAAGAGAAAGCUCAGGCUGCGGCUGAAAGAAUCAAGGCUGCAGCCUUGAGUGCUGCUAAAGGUCUUAGUCGUGCCCAGGCUGAACGUGCAGCAGCUGCCGCAGCGAGAAAUGUGAACGCAUAUGGUCAAAAGGAAGAAGGGCCUAGCAGAUGGCAGGAGAAAAGGGAAGCGAAGAGGCAAAUGUAUUUGAUGAGUACCGAGAAAGCUGUUAAAUUGGGAGAAAGAAAAGACCUCAAGCCCACCAUGUCAACUGUUGGCAGCUCGGCCCAGUGCCAAAAGUGUUUCCAAAGUGGUCAUUGGACAUACGAAUGCAAGAACGAACGGGUCUACAUAUCACGACCAUCCCGUACGCAACAACUUAAGAAUCCUAAAUUGAGGGUGAAUGUUUCUGUGACUUAUGAUUUGGAUGAUAAUCCUGUCUCUAAGGAUGAAAAGGUUGGAAAGAGUUCUAGUUCUAAGAAAACCAAAAGGAAACAUCGGUCUGAUUCUGAUUCUGAUAGUGGUAGUGAGGAUUCAGUUUUUGAGACUGAUAGCAAGUCAUCAUCAGUUACAGGUUCAUAUUAUACUUCAGAUAGUAGUUCAAGCUAUAGUUCGUCCUCUGAUUCAGAGGAAGAAAGGAGGCGAAGGAGGAAGAAGAAGGUACAGAAAAGGGGAAGGCGAAGAAGGUACAGCACAUCAUCAGAAUCUUCAGAUUCAGUUUCAGACUCUGACUCUGAUUCUGAUGAUCGAAGGAGCAGGAGAAAGCGCAGGCACAGUCGAAGGCGCUAAAUAAAACGGUGGGAUAUGAAAUGAAAGAACUUUGUGCUUGUUGUGGUUUCGGUUAAUGACGUAAGCUUUGUUCUAUUUUGACAUGUUUUAGUUUGGUAUAUUAAAUCAUGUUAUCUUGAAGAUUUUCAGGAGUCAGAUUUGAUCUUUCUCAUUUUUUGGUUGCUUCCUUCUUGUGAAAUGUGAGAUCUUGGAAGACGUUCAGAAGCUAGAUUUGAUAUUCUCAUUUAUUUCUCUGCACGAAUAAAAACAUUUGAGUCUUGAA